GGCGGAUGUAACCGGUCAGCUGCGCUUUAUUACAAAGCUUCCUGCUUCUGCGAGUGAAACAGAUGUGUGUGUGUUUUGUGAUAAUUCAACAUAAAGUCGAGCUGUUUUUAUCUCGUAUGAACGUGUAGUUAAGUAGAAAGGAUCCGGUACAACUACAGCUGCGAACAUGAACACAGAAAAGGACUUUUCUCCUCUGACGCCGAACAUCGUCCGAGCUUUGAAUGACAAACUGUACGAGAAGAGGAAAGUCGCAGCUCUAGAGAUUGAGAAGCUGGUUCGGGAGUUUGUGGCUCAGAACAACUCCACUCAGAUCAGACAUGUCAUCCAGAUCCUGGCCUCGGAGUUUGCUCUUUCCCAGCACCCCCACAGCCGUAAAGGGGGUCUCAUUGGCCUGGCAGCUUGCUCCAUCGCCCUGGGCAAAGACUCAGGUCUGUAUCUGAAGGAGCUCAUUGAGCCUGUCCUCACGUGCUUUAAUGACUCAGACAGCCGUUUGCGUUACUACGCCUGCGAGGCUCUGUAUAACAUAGUGAAGGUGGCCAGGGGGGCUGUGCUGCCCCACUUCAACCUCCUCUUUGACGGGCUCAGCAAGCUGGCGGCAGACCCAGACCCCAAUGUGAAGAGUGGGUCUGAACUCCUGGACAGACUCCUGAAGGAUAUCGUGACGGAAAGCAACAAGUUUGACUUGGUGGCGUUCGUGCCUCUGCUCAGAGAGAGAAUCUACUCCAAUAACCAAUACGCUCGCCAGUUUAUUAUCUCCUGGAUCCACGUCCUGGAGUCGGUGCCGGACAUCAAUUUGUUGGACUACCUCCCCGAGAUCCUGGACGGGCUCUUCCAGAUUCUGGGCGACAACAGCAAGGAGAUCCGCAGGACGUGCGAGGUGGUGCUCGGGGAGUUUCUGAAGGAGAUUAAGAAGACGCCGUCCAGCGUGAAGUUCGCGGAGAUGGCCAACAUCCUCGUCAUCCACUGCCAGGUCGCGGAUGAAGCGAAGCUCACCAACGACCUGAUCCAGCUGACGGCGAUGACCUGGAUGAGGGAGUUCAUCCAGCUGGCGGGCAGAGUGGUUCUGCCGUACUCCUCUGGCAUCCUGACCGCGGUGCUGCCGUGCCUCUCCUACGACGACAGAAAGAAGAACACCAAAGAAGCAGCCAGCGCCUGUAAUCACAGUCUGAUGAAGCUGGUGACGCCUGAGGAUGACGAGGAUGAAGAGGAGGAGAAAAAUGGAAGCGCGGGGUCGCCGUCCAGGGAAGACGGACAACCUAAGAUGGAGGCGGACGGCAACGAUAUGCUGAACGCAUCGCAAGAAUCUGUCGGUUUCAGUAACAUCAGCUUCUUCACUCCAGCGAACGCCGACAGGCCUCAGGUGACUCUGGACCUGGAUGGUAUUGUUCAGGUGUUGGACCGACACCUCCACGACUCCUCCACUGGCAUGAUGACCCGCAUAGCCGUGCUCAAAUGGCUCUACCACCUCUACAUCAAGACGCCGCGCAAAAUGUUCCGCCACACAGACAGCCUGUUUCCCAUGCUGCUGAAAACGCUGUCGGACGAGUCGGACGAGGUGAUACUGAAAGACCUGGAGGUGUUGGCUGAGAUAGCGUCGUCUCCCGCCGGCCAGACGGACCAAGUCGGCUCCUGCGACAGCGCCGACAACAAACUGGAGCUGAAGGUCCCGGAGAGCGCCAAGACGGGACAGCAGCCCAAAGCAGCGGACUCAUCCCCCUCCACUCCCAGCAUGAACUCCUAUUUCUACAAGUUCAUGAUCAACCUGCUGAAACGCUUCAGUCUGGAGAGGAAGCUGCUGGAGAACAGAGGGGCGUUCAUCAUCAGGCAGCUCUGUCUGCUGCUUCACGCCGAGAACAUCUUCCACUCCAUGGCCGACAUCCUGCUGAAGGAGGAGGAUCUCAAAUUCGCCUCCACCAUGGUUCAGACGCUCAACACCAUCUUGCUCACCUCGGCCGAGCUCUUCCAGCUGCGCAACCAGCUGAAAGACCUUCGCACUCCGGAGAGCUGCGCCCUGUUCUGCUGCCUGUAUCGCUCCUGGUGCCACAACCCCGUGGCCACCGUGUCGCUCUGCUUCCUCACGCAGAACUACAAGCACGCCUACGACCUCAUCCAGAAGUUCGGGGAUCUGGAGGUGACGGUGGACUUCCUGAUGGAGGUCGACAAGCUGGUGCAGCUCAUCGAAAGCCCCAUUUUCACCUACCUGCGCCUGCAGCUCCUGGACGUGGAGAACAACCCGUACCUGAUAAAGGCGCUGUACGGCCUGCUGAUGCUGCUGCCGCAGAGCCAGGCCUUCCAGCUGCUCUCACACCGCCUGCGCUGCGUCCCCAACCCAGAGCUCAUGAGGACUGUGGACGAGUCCAAGUACAUGGACUCAAAAGGGCAAGCGGCGUCCAAACGUGCCUCUCACGCUCUAAUGGAUUACGACGAGCUGCUGCAGCAUUUUGACUGCGUUCAGAGCAAACACCUGGAGGUGCGACACCAACGCUCCGGACGGGCCUCUGAUCACCCAGACAGGAAGCUGAUGUGAUGUUAUUGUGCCAUCGUGACCUCUGACCCUUGAGGACAGAGAGAGGAGGAAGAAAGGACAAGAACAAUAUAUAUAUUGUUGUUCUGGAAAAGAUUAUUAAGAUGAUGAAGCCAAAAAGUAUUAAUUUUCAGAGCACUGAAUAUAAAUCGUCAAGAAAAAAUUAUGUUUGUAAAUUGAGAAUGUUAUGUAACAUAAAACAUUUUAAACACACUUAAUACACGCCAGACUAUACACAUGUAUAUUAAUAGUCACUAUUUACUGUGAACAUUUGGAGAAUGUACACAAUCUCAUUCAUCAGAAGUAGUAGUAGUGGUGAUAAUGUGACCAUAUCCUGAGUUUCCAUCAUUCUGUCAGAGGCUGAGAUUCUUUCCAGCUAAAUGAAAUGUUCACAGUGAUUUAAGUGUAUCUGACAUGCGUUUCAGUGGUAAAUAGCAACACUUCGGUCGUUUAAUGUCCAUGUGAACCACAGUAUUUCCACGCCGUAUCCUGCUGAGCAGUAUGAAUGGAGCAUGCAUUCAGGGUUGCCUUAAUCUCUCUGUGUGGAGUAUUGACCCGGCUCAGCUGGAUGAACUCUGACACACAUUCUGGGUGGGCCCACGUCGUUGCACCUCGUUAUUUUUGUUAGCUCAGUUGAUCACAAUUGUCACCUCCAGCUUUUAAAUCCAUUUCUUUCUUAUAUAUUAUUCAGUAAAUAUGUAUUUCUCCUUGUACAGUGUCUGUUUUCUUUGGUCAUUGCUGUGUGAAAAUCAAUAAAGUGGACCAUGUGAUUAAA